GUAUCUACGGAUGCAAUAACUUAUGCACGUCAUUUUGCACAAAAUUAUGGGCCAGGUGGCUGCCAAUGGAAAAAACCUAUUAUAAGACAUGAAAAAAUGGACAAAAAAAAAAAAGAGCAACUUGGAAAAUAUUUUCAGGAUAAAGCCAUUGUAAUUAUGAGAAAUCGCUUUGUGUAUCGUGAAAAUUUGGGUGGACUUUGUUCAACCUGUAAUGUUCAUGGUUAUGAAACUUUUAAUGAACUUGAUAAAUUGAUAAAGCGUCAUGUACUUAGUGGUCCAAUUCAG